AUGGCGAGCCUCAAUUCUGCGCGGCCGUGCCUUCAGCGCGCUCUGCAGUCUUGCCGGCGAAGCGGCCUCACAGCCUCACAGCGACCUCUCGCACCGACGCCCGUCGCAACAGUGUCCUCGUCCCUCUCGAGCCUCCAGCAGACCUGUCUCUUCUCCACGACCGCCCCGCUCAGCAAGCGCCGCAGGAACCGCGACCACAACCGCAACCGCGGCCUCUCCGCGGUCCGGGGCACGGGCCCGCGCGAGGUGCUCUCCGUGGACAAUGAGCCCCUGCCGAGGCCCGUCGACCGCGACGAUUUCCCGGUGGUCGGGACGGACGCGGACCACGGGUUGUGGGACUUCUUCUACAGCAAGGACAAGCCCCUGAACACGCCACAGGAGGACGCCGCUCACGGGCGGUCGUGGAAGGUGGAGGAGCUGCGGCGCAAGAGCUGGGAGGACCUGCACAGCCUGUGGUGGGUGUGCGUGAAGGAGAGGAACAGGAUCGCCACGGGCAACUGGGAGAGGUCCAAGGGGAAGUAUGGCUACGGUGAUAACGAGAGCAAGGCGAGGGAGAUGGAGGUACGGAAGACUCAGGCGGCGAUCAAGCACGCCCUUACGGAGAGGUUCUACGCGUGGGAGGACGCGAGGAAGCUGGCCGAACAAGACCCUGAGGUCGAUCUCUCUGGAAUAGGACCGGCUUACACGCCCGAGGGCUCACAUCUGGAAUCUGAGGAGGCGGCUUGGGAGGAAGAGUCCAAGGAACAGAGUACGGCCGAUGGGAGAUCAGAGGCGGCCAAGGAGACCAAGUCUUCUGAAGAGGCGAUUGACCCGUCAACGAUACCCAACCCAGCAAAGGCUCAUGCGAAUGCCCCUAGGGUAUGA